UGUUGUGGCGUAAAGGGCACUUUUCCAGGUUGAACUUGGAUUAUUCACAUCUAUGGAGCAAAAGCUGGCGGAGUUUAGAGCCCGACGACAGGCGGUGAAAGGCACGCAAAUGUCCGACCCUUCUGCUGCUCAGCCCAGAGAAAAGAGAGAAGGAGAUCCUGUUGUACAGGCAGACAACAGUCAGCAAGCAGAGGGGCCAGAAAACAACCAAACUGCAACUAACAGCUCUCCAGGCAGGAGUUGUAGUGACUGGAUGCUUGACAGUACUCUGGGAAGAUGGUUAUCGUCAAGACAACUGGUCCUCUCCAACAUUAUGCUGCUCAAAGUGCUGCUCUGGCUGGUUCUUCUGGGUCUUUUUGUUGAACUGGAAUUUGGCCUGCCAUUCUUUGUUAUCUCCCUGUUCUACUGGCUUUAUGAAGGACUGCGCAGCCCAGAACCCAGGAAACCAGGAGAACUAAGUGCUUAUUCUGUCUUCAACCCAGACUGUCAGCCUCUGCUUGGCUCACUCACUGCAGAGCAGCUGGAGGGGGAAAUGGGUUACAGACCACUGGCCAACAGAUAAAAUGAUUGGCAUUAACAAAAUUUAAUAGGCAAAAUCAAAAAUCUUUUUUAUUUAAAAAAUGAUUUAUUGUGUUAUGAUAUUAUUAUUAUUAUUAUGUAUAUGUUGCACAUCAAAUUAAAGCUGGUAAAUGUAUUAUUUUGUUCCUUUUUAUGCUGCAACAUUUUUUGCAGAAAGACUGUUUGGAGUAAACUUGAAAUUAUAUUUUCAUAGUAAUCUCAGAUUUGAUUAGGGCUGCAACCAAUAUUCCUUCUAAACUCGGGGCUUGCGCAAUCUUAGCGCACAAGAAAAUCUAUGCAGUGCAUAAGAUAAAAUCAAACAUAAGCUGUAAAUUAAUUAAACCAAUACAUUUUUUUCUGUAUCAUUUUGAA